UGGAACCCCAACUUCAGACUCCAAAUCCCAUUCAAACUGCUGGUCUUGCCUUUUGAUCUCUAGUCCUCACGGUUGCUGACGUGGCAGUCGAUCAACUGUUCCUUGCCAGUGAGAGCGAACCGACACAAUGGGAGACGAUUGGUCUCAUCCGGGCACUUAUGAGCAUAGCCUCAUUAGCCACAAGCUCUUUCAAAGGGCCCGUUGAACUACCGAGUACUCGUGGUUAGAAACCAUUCAGCCACCGCCGCACCAGGAGGGGCAUUUCUCACCUCUGCCUCAGUUCCAUCUCACCAAACUCCCUCGUCCUUCACAAGACCUUGCUGCCAAGUUGCGAUACAAACUCCUGCGCCCAGUUGCCCGACUGCCCAGCGUCGACACAGGCCUCUGCCGCUCUAAUUGGGCGCUGUUUGCUGCCUAAAGCAUCACCAAUUCAACGCCCGGGAUUCCUGGUUCAAGCCCGACCAUUACGUAGCCACGCUCUCUGCCUUUGCAACGAUCACCUGCCCGCUGCUCGCGCGGGCCUUUGGCACCCUGCGAACCUCGCCCACUGCGGGCCCUUUUGUACUACUCCAGUUAUACCAGCCACCACUUAAACACCCAGCACCACUCUUCCAAUUCCCAACGCUCAUCAAGGGAGCCUUGCAAACCGCCAAGCUGCUCAGUAUCUCAGUAUCUUACCUUCUCCUCCAACUUGCUUCAAAAGCAGCCUGUGCCCAACUUCGCCAUCGCAUUUUUUCCCACAUCCCACCUUGACCGCUACCAACACAGCCAAGUUGGGACCUGCCGCGAUCGCGUUCGCCACGACCCGUCCCCUUCCGUAGUUCCAGUCUUUCGUCUGGGCUACAUAUCACUUUGUCAAUUCAGUUUCUCUUGUCCUCGCUCCUCCCGUUACCCCACCCGCAGCGACAAUGUCCUAUUACGACGACGACCGGCCUCGUCGACAGAAGAGCACCCGAGAGCGAUCUCGAAGAGAUGACUAUGAGGACACAGUCUACGACACAAGCACAAGAGACACGCGCAUAGUCAAACGCCGCGACGACAGUGUUGAUUCUGUUGAAGAAGUGUCCCGUGAUUUUGCCCCUGGAGACCGCGGCACCGUCUAUCGUGAAACCACUGUGCGCAAGAGUGGCCAUCGGCCCAUUCGUGCAAGGUCCACUGACGAUCGCUAUUACGAUGAUCGUUAUGAUGACCGCUCAUAUGUUUCACGAAGAAAGUACGAGGAUGACUAUGUGGUCGUCGACAAUCCCAAACGCCGAAGCCGUGACUAUGAUGACAGACGCCGCUCUCGACGCUACUCCUCAGACUAUGAGUCCCGCAGUCGCAGCCGUUCACCUCCAAAGAAAGAACGCAGGAAGUCCACCACUGAAGAGCUGUUGGGUUCCAUCGGUCUGGGAGGUGUAGCCGGUGCGCUGCUCGGAAAGAGUAAGAGUCGUGAUAGGUCGAGAUCCAGUUCGCGCGAUGGCCGUCAUCGAAGCCGGAGCCGAGCUGGUCGCCGUUCGUCGUCUGACCGAUCCCGUCACCGAAGCAAGAGCCGUGGCAAAGUGCGAAAUGAACAAAUCUCCCAAGCUAUCAAGGCCGCCGUUUUGGCUGGAGCUGGUGAGGCGUUCCGUGCUCGGAAAGUCGAAGGCGGCUGGGGCGGCGAAAAAGGCAAACGAAUCAUCACCGCGGCCUUGGCGGCUGGAGGUGUCGAUGGCUUGAUUUCGAACAAGGACGAUCCUCAUCACCACUCGAAGCGUGACAUUCUGGGCUCUGCUCUGGCUGGCAUGGCCACCAACCGCAUCAUCAACGGACCUCGGUCGAAAUCCCGCGGCAGAAAUGGGAGCCCGGACAGUCGACGAGGCCGGAGUCAGUCUCGAGGCGGAUUGGGAGAUCUUGCCGCCGGCGGCGUGGUCGCAGCCACCGCGAAGAAAGUCUAUGAUUCAGUUCGCUCUCGAUCCCGUGGUCGAGCUCGUUCGCGAAGCACCUCGUCGUACGACAGCCGCGGCAGUCGAAGCCCUCGGCGCAAGCGGAGUCGAAGCGUGUCUGCCUUUGCGGCCAAGGGUCUUGCAGCCUUGGGGUUGAAAGACGCGGCCGACAAGGUCGACCCUGACCGCGAGCGUGAUCGCCGCCGAAAUUAUGACGACUACUAUGAUGAUGGUCGAUCAAGUCGAAAUGGAGGAUAUGGGUACAGUGAUUCCCGAGAUGUAGGUACCAUUCAACCCCACUUUGGUUAUCCUAAUGGCGGUCCCCGUUCCAUGAGCGUACCCAGGGGGCCGCCUCCUGGCUAUGAGCUCGACUACGGCCCACGUCAUACUGGUGACCCAGACACAGAUUCCGAUUCUGACCUCGGCUCCAGUUCCGAAGAUGAGAAAGAGAUAAAGAAAGGUCGCAAGAAAAUGUUGAUCACCGGAGGUCUUGCGACGGUGGCGACCAUCCAUGCUGCGCAUAGUGUCUACCAAAGCAUGGAGAAGCGACAGGCGAGAAGGAAGGCAUUAAAGGAGGGUGAUAUCACUGAAGAACAGGCGAGGAGAGCAAAGAACAAGAACAGGUUGCAGGAUGCCGCGAGUAUUGGAAUAGCUGCUCUUGGUCUUAAGGGGGCCUACAGCGAGUGGCAGGAGAUGCAUGAGGCACAGAAGGAGGCCAAGGAGGAGAAGGAGAAACGUGAGCGACACAAAGAGAAGCGAGAGGCAAGGAGAAGAAAGAUGAGCAUGAUUGCGGCGCACAAUUAUGCCGAAAGUGGUUUCACAGGGAGCAUGCCGAACUUGGCAACGUACAAUCAUCAGCAGUAUCCGGCAUUCCCUCCUCCGCCUGGGGCAUCAUUCGGUCCUGGAACAGCUGUCCACUACGCAGACGACAAUCCUUACGGAGCGGUCAGCAACCCACCGGCCUACGUCCCAACCCCUCCACCCUCUCAUAUGGGUGUUCCUCGAGCAGAGACCGGCUGACGACAUGGCGGAAGUUGUGGUCUGCGCGCCGACAAAAGGGGCACACGAAUCCGUUCCUUGCUACGAGCGUCGAUCAUUACAGAGGAUAAGAUGAGUCUUUCGGUCAUGGGUGCGGACAAGGCAGUCCGUACGACAUUCUUACAUUUCGAUCAUUUGGCAUGCGUUCUCCUGAGAUGAUUGCAUAUGCUCAAACCUGUCGGUUUGGCUACGAUUAUAUGACCUCGACAUGACAAGACAAUGAUUACAAUACUAUUUCAUGAGAAGAGAAUAAAAUGAUGCCCUCAUCGUCCCAG